AUCUGAUCACAGCAUCCGCAGAUUGACCUCCUGGGCCUCCUAUCUGGGUCGCUGCAGAACGACCCUGCCCCGCGGCUACAUCGGCGGCAUUGGCUUUUAUCUAAAGUGACGGUCGCUUGCACAAGAAGAACAGUUUCUGCUGCUACCCUUUCCUGGUCGCACGACGGAGGAACCAGGCCUGAUUGAAAUAACCGACUGUCUGGAUAUAUUGGCGUAGCUUGGUCGGAAUCAUGUCAUACGUGGGAGCGGCAUAGCCAAAGAGUCGCGAACCAGCCAACUUCACCGGCUAUGUCUGCAGGCGUAGGCAUCUCGCGACAACGAUCGGUGUCGAACAAAGCCAAAGGAGUCGCGGUUCCGUCGAAUUCGAAAGCGAGACCUGCCCCCGAUGAAACUUCAUUCGACCCGUGUGCUUCGACCGCAUCUCUCUUGUUGAUCGCCCAAGGUCCGGUGGUGUUGUGUCUGCAUCAUGACACUCUAGCCCUAGAACGACGCUUCGAGAAGCAUACCAAAGAUAUUCAUUUCAUCUCCGCCGACAAUGUCAGCGAGACCGGGGCUGGUAGGUUAGUUGUGACCUACGACGUUGGGCAAACGGCGAUAGUAUGGGACUUGUUCACGGGCGAGCAAUAUUCUCGCUUUGUAUCAUAUGAGCCCCUCAAGGUUGCACACUGGAUGAGAAAUGGAAAUAUCGCAUUUGGUAACGCGAAAGGGGAAGUAAUCUUGUUCGAACCAUCUACUAGUGACCACAUAUCGGCUCGCACUAUAUUUGAUCCCAUCACAGCGAUUGCGCCAUCAUCAGAUUGCAAGACAUAUGCGAUCGGGUAUAACAAUGGCUCCAUCCUGUUGGCAGCGUUGCAGCCGUCUUUCACCAUCCUUCACACGUUGACGACGUCGCGUGGCCCUUCUCCAAUUGUCACUUUAACUUGGCAUGCUUCAUCUUCGAAACAGAAGUCCGACAUGCUUGCCACUCAGACCGCCGAUGGAGAUCUCAGAGUAUGGAGUGUCUCAAAGCCUCCAACAGCAGAGCCACCUCGUGUCAUACGUGUCUUGAAGCGCUCUGAUGUGUAUCUUCCUGGCCGGAAUUGGAUCUCAUGGUCCAAGAAUGGUCGCAUUGUCCAGUACUCUGAGGGCAAAACCUGGGCGUGGGAUGUCCGGACUAAGCAUGUCACCUACGAUCCUAUUCCGACAAUCGAAGGAGUAAAGGCUAUAGCAUGCCAUGGCCCGACUGGAACACUUUUCACUCUCGGUCCGGAUUAUACGGUGCAACAAUAUGAUAUUGAACGUGCUCAAAUGGUUGCAAAUGUCCGUCAUAUGCCCACCACAAUCCCACCAACACCCCCGGCAGAAGAUAUCAGAGGUCCUCUUUGGACAACAUCCGAGAGUGAAGAAGAACUUGCUUCUCCUCUUGUACGUGCCCGUCGAGAGUUGCGCGCAUCUGAAGCUGCCCGACUUGAGCGUAACAACGCCCCAAGUCCUCAGUCUACCAUCAGCUCACAGAAAUCGGGGAUCAAGGCUAAUAUUAACGAAAUCAUCUCGCCAGCCGGGAGAACCGAUUACACAACGACGUCAUUCGAUACUGGCAUUCAAUCUCAGGCUACGCCCAACCAAGUUUCAGCGCAAGGACUUCUGCCACAGUCUCCAGUCAUGUCGAGAUCAAACCGAAAGGGAUCGCGUCUGAGGCAAGAGGUUAUCAUGAGCCCUGAAGAACGGCCGUUAGUCGACCUGUUUCCCUUCACUAGAGCUCGCCUCCACGACGUACCAUAUCGAGCGCCGAGAUCGGUCGAUGAGAGUCAUUUGACGUCCGGCGAUUUUCGAAGACAGAUGCUGAGUUGUGUAUUUGGCUGGGACGAGGAUAUCCAUGACCUUAUUCGUGACGAAUUGAGCCGGCAUCCAAGUGAAAGCCAGAACGCCAUCUUUCUCGCUAGGUGGCUGGAUGAAGAUCCCGACUACCUUGCCGAGAUCAUGGGUUCGACCAAACUCCACUCAAAACUCGACUGGAUGCUGCUGGCCUUGGGAACCAUAAGCAACCAGGUCACCGCGAAGAAGAUUACUCAGGUCUUUAUUGAGAAAAUGCUUAGCCACGGGGACAUACAUGCCGCUGCCACUUUGAUGCUCGCUCUUGGCGACCGAAGUGACGCUAUUGAGGUGUAUGUUUCGAGAAAUCAGUACAUGGACGCUGUUCUCUUGACAUGCCUCGUCUACCCUGAAGACUGGCAACGGCAGUCCUACCUUGUUCGCAGAUGGGGUGAACAUGUGGUGGAGAACUCUCAACAAUCUUUGGCCAUUCGAUGCUUCUCCUGCACUGGCGUCGAACCGUCCGACCCAUGGACAUCUCCCAAAGCACAAAUGCUUGCUCAAGAGCCUGCGGAAGUCCUCAUAGAGCAAAAGCAUAGCUCGCAGCCUGCACAAGUGCAGAACCUAGAGCCAGCCGAAUAUCCUGCCAUCUACCAAAAGAUGUUGGAGAGACGACGGACGGUAGACGCUCCGACUCCGGUCGCAAUGCCUCCGCCACAUAUGAUGACCUCUUUGCCCACCCCACCCACUCCAUACCGGACUGCUGCGGCCCAAGGGACCAGGAUCACGCCUCAGACAUCAGCACUGAAGCUCAUUACCUCGUUCGGAGCACAGCCCAAUAACCAAUUCAAGUUUCCAGGUCUCAAGCCUGAUGACCGUACUCCAACCGUUGCCGCAGCUGUUACGCCUAUUGCUGAAUCCGCAAUUGAUAGAUCUGCUCUGUCACCUGGCGGUUUAGGUUCAUAUCGGUUAAACAAUAUACGUAGCAUUAAUAGUGCUCUGUCUAGUAAGACUGCAACUCCAGGUGGCUUUCAACCUAGCCGAUUAGCUUCAAUCGGCGAAACACCUGUCGAUGUGGACGGCCCCAAAUUCCCACCUCAACGGUCUGUCUCGGUGCCUACUGAUCUCGAGGCAUCCAAGGAUGAUGGUGACCAUCAAAUGACGCCAGCGGGAAACGACCCUCAGCAGAAAUCUAAACAGGCCCUUACAUUGCUUACUUCUGCAAGAUAUGAGCCUUCUUCAGCCACUCCAGUGAAGGAAACCCCUCAAACAGCUGUCGGCCCACAAAGCGGGAUGAGGUUUCCUGAAUCAAGGGCUCGGUUUCAAACUGCUGAGAGCGGAGAUCCAAACACAUCACGGCCGAGGAAUGAUUCUAAAAGCAGAAAACCAGAGGGUCUUUCAAUCCAGACGAUGGCAGUACAACAAGUUAACUCCCAACAGGAAUAUCUACCUCCUACUAGCUACCAAGACCCAAUCAGUCGUCCUGCUACGACUGGAACAUAUUCCAACACGCAGAUCGAGACCAAUGCGGGACUCACGAGCCCACCCACCACGGGCCAAAGCUACAGGGACAUUACAAAAAGCCCAGCUGUUACGGGUAAAAGUAUCGAUCAAUUUAUCAGUAGCCUUGAUCAAGCACACUUUUACGAAAAGCACGCACGAGCACGUGGUUACAGCAGUGCUAGCAAGACAUCUAGGGACGACUUGUCAGAAAGAAGGAGGGGUAGAACCACUACAGUCAACGACGCAGGCGAGGGUCGACGAACUAUUCCUGCUGCUAAACGGUCUCCUUCAUCACCUGUGCCAAUGUCUCCCGAAGAUCUGCGAAUGUAUAGCACCAGUGUGGAGAGCUUCGAUUCCAUGUACAGCUCGAACGUUUCUGGUUAUGAUCGAGUUGGGACACCUGGCAGCAUGUCGAAGCUAAGUCGACGAGGGUCUCACUCGACAGCCAAGGGCACGAAACAUCGACAUAGGUCUCGUUCCAAAACGCGCGCUACAAGGAGUAAGGGUGGCAGCGGUAUUCCAAGUAGACAGACAAGUCCGGACGCUACGCUUUUCUCCCCCAGGGGUCGGAGUGCGUCGAGACGAGAGAAAACCGGACAUCGAUCUCCAUCGUCACCAAGACCCAUGAUCCCUUCGGAAGAGGACCUGCAAAGUCGCUUCGACAAGGACUCGGCUUUGAGACUCGUUUCAAGGGAUCGACACAGGUUACACCGCAGUACGAGCAGACAACCUCAACGUGAUACAAGCGCGAAACGAGACCCAUCUCCUGACCGUCGCAGGCCACGUGCCAGAUCUCGAAGUCGACAAGCAGACGAAGCAUCAUUGAGCAGGAAAACCAGCCGUAGCGAUAGACAACGGCGUCAUCGUCGGCCCAGCGACACUGGUUACGAGCGUAGCGCCCAUCCUGAUGAUCUCCAGGACAUGUUGCCUACACUACGGACUCCACAAGAAGAGCCCAGGCCCGCAAGUCAGCCACAAAUCCUCAAUGAUAGGGGCAGACAAGAGUCUGCAGCAAAGCAGCUUGAAGCUCGGAGGCAGUCACUUACUCGCCGACCAUCAGCACCUAACAUUCCCUUGCCCCUACAUGUUGGUGCUCAUGGAAAGUCUGCGUCAACGGGUAACAUGCCUCCAAUGGUCAGGGCUUACACUGACGAUGGAACGAUCACGAGUGCCCAAAUGCAUCGACCAUCAUCCGAAAAGGACGGCACCGGCGGAGGCUUCAGUCAACAACGACCUUCCACUCCAAGAGCCAUGCAAGUGACCGAAUCUACCCCCGAAAACAAAAUACCAGUGCCACCUAUUGCGACAGAGCUCUUGACCAGUGAGGUCUACCGCCCGCCCACACGCGAAGACAUAAGCUCACCAGGGUCUGCGCGCGCUCCUGUGUCAUUGGAGUUCCUCUCCCAGAUCCCCAAACAUCCAGCUUACGACCAUCGCAUUGCUGGUAGUCGCUCAAGCAGUAAGGGUGCUGAAGCACGGGCGUCUUCGCUGAGUCGAGGUACAUCUCGUGAUCGUGUGCGAACGUCACCGAGAGAGCCACAAAUGCCUACAAUGUCUUCCCCUCCCACUGAUAGCUCAGCGUACAUGGGUUCGCCUCCGCAACCACCACCGAUCCUUCCAGAACUUCAGCAUCUGGCAGCACCGCCUCCGCCUCCUCCGCCUCCACCUCCGCCAAAGCCGGCAACCAUGACACUCGCGAGUCCCAGCGUUUCAAAUCUGGGAACUUUCGAACCCGAGGCAGCCAACGUACCACUUCCCAUGUCGGCAAUUCCUACCAGCUUCUCAGAAGCACAACUUUCAGCGGCUCUGCCGUCAGGAAGUGGAGGAGGAGGAGGUCAUCGCCGCGGACGGUCUGGCCACGAGAGUAAUGGUGGCGGUGGGAAUGGAUCGGGAGCCCUGUUGGGGAAGAUCCGUAACUUUGCCGGGCGAGUGAGAAGUCCCAGUCGUGGACGCAAGGGUGGGGAUGACAACCAAGCCAUGAGCCCGAGAAUGAAUUCGGAAUAUGCCGCUCCUUACGAGAGUAUCCCUAGUGCGAUGGCUGGGAGUGUGAAUUCUUAGGAAGAUCUUGGAAGAGAGACAGAUGUUUGGGCUGGAGAUGUGUAAUGGUAAAAUGCAAUGGUUGAUGGAGACUAGUUUGACUGAAGAUCAGAGGGCAGGUGUGUGUGGCAAUGCAUCAAUGGCAGAAGCAAAACCUACGUGAUAUGAUAUUGUGGUUAAAUUUGGAGUAGUGUGGAGGGAGGACAAGGAUAGGGGGGAAGGGAGAUCUUCCAUCUGACGGGGACCAACGGAAAAGCAGAAGGGAAAAGAGAAAGAUUUGGGUCACGUCGACACCAGACCACAUGUGCUCGCAAGAGCUGCCUUUUUGUCUGUUCACAGCGAUCGUACUGUUUGGUUGUCGUCGUCGCUUCAAUUCUCGACGAUCCUUUAAAGCGUGGCCUUUUUUUUGAAUUGGCCCUCUUUUUUUCAUAGGAAUAUAGAUAGUGGACAGGGGGGGGAGAACGAUGGGAGGGGAAUGAAGAAUGGUAAUGAG